UUUUUUUUCCUUUUUUUUAACUAUUAUUUUUGGACGGGGAAGGAUUGAGUAGAAGAAAUCGUUCAGAGAAGGGAACCCAGCGGUUUGCUCCUCGUUGAAGAGAAGAUCGAGAUCCGAUUCCCAGCACGCAGAAGGUUUCCGUGGGUUUUUCAGUGUGGGUUUCGAAGCCCUCGCUGCUGCAGGGUCAGAGCAGAACUGCCUUCUCCGAGCGGCUUUCCUGUCCUGGUUGUAGCUCAGAGAUCGCCUCCCCCCUCCUCGCACCAUUUCUGUUGGUGUUGUUUUCGUUUGGUUGGCUUAGCUUUAUUUUUCCCUCCCCUAUUUGUCUUUUUUUUUCCCCCUUCGUUUAUUAUUAUUAUUAAUUAUUUGUUUUGAUUUGGGUAAAUCCCCUUCCUUAAACGAAAACACUAACUCUGCCGUGGAAAUCCAUGCCCCCCUGCCAUUCGCAAGAAUCGGGUCUAAUAUGCCAGUGACAUCCCCGCCUUGCAGCAGUCGCGAUGAAGGAAAAAUCCAAGAACGCGGCAAAGACUAGACGGGAAAAAGAAAAUGGAGAAUUCUACGAACUGGCCAAACUCCUUCCCCUGCCCUCGGCCAUCACCUCGCAGCUGGACAAGGCGUCCAUCAUCCGCCUCACCACCAGCUACCUGAAAAUGCGAGCAGUCUUCCCCGAAGGUCUGGGCGACGCCUGGGGACAGCCGAGCAGGGUCGGGCCCUUGGAUAACGUGGCCAUGGAGCUCGGAUCCCACUUGCUCCAGACUUUGGAUGGCUUUGUUUUCGUCGUGGCGUCCGAUGGCAAAAUAAUGUACAUUUCUGAGACAGCAUCUGUGCACCUUGGCCUGUCCCAGGUGGAGCUCACUGGGAACAGCAUUUAUGAGUACAUCCAUCCCUCCGACCACGAUGAGAUGACUGCAGUGCUCACUGCCCACCAGCCUCUCCAUCCUCACCUCCUGCAAGAAUAUGAAAUCGAGAGAUCCUUUUUCCUGAGGAUGAAAUGUGUCCUGGCCAAGAGGAAUGCAGGGCUGACGUGCAGUGGCUACAAGGUGAUCCACUGCAGUGGCUACUUGAAGAUCCGUCAGUACAUGCUGGAUAUGUCCCUGUACGACUCCUGCUACCAAAUCGUUGGGCUGGUGGCCGUGGGGCAAUCUCUGCCUCCCAGUGCAAUCACUGAGAUCAAGCUCCACAGUAACAUGUUUAUGUUCAGAGCCAGUUUGGAUUUGAAGCUGAUAUUCCUUGAUUCCAGGGUCACGGAAUUAACUGGAUAUGAACCCCAGGAUCUGAUAGAAAAAACCCUCUACCACCACGUCCACGGCUGCGACGUUUUCCACCUGCGAUACGCUCACCACCUGCUGCUGGUGAAAGGCCAAGUGACCACCAAGUACUACCGGCUGCUGUCCAAGCAGGGAGGCUGGGUGUGGGUGCAGAGCUACGCCACCAUCGUGCACAACAGCCGUUCGUCACGGCCUCACUGCAUAGUGAGUGUCAAUUAUGUCCUUACAGAUCUUGAGUACAAGGAACUUCAGUUGUCACUGGACCAGGUUACCAUUUCCAAGUCACAGUUUUCAUGCAGAAACUCCUUACCUACCUCGCAGGAAACAAGGAAAAUAGUAAAACCCAAAAGUAAAAUGAAGGCAAAACUCAGAACAACACCUUACCCACCACAGCAAUACAGCUCGUUCCAAGUAGACAAACUGGAAUGCAGCCAGGUGGGGAGCUGGCGCUCCAGCCCCGCCGCCAGCGCCGCCGCCCUGCAGGAACAGAACUUCCAUUCAGAGAGCAGCGAACUCUUGUACGCCCCUCCCUACAGCCUGCCCUUCUCCUACCACUAUGGACACUUCCCUGUGGAUUCCCACGUCUUCAGUGGCAAGAAGCAAAUGCUGCCUGCAAAAUUCGGGCAGGCCCAAGGGGCGCCCUGCGAGGUGGCGCGGUUCUUCCUGGGCGCGCUGCAGACCAACGGCGAGUGCCAGUGGCACUACGCCAACUCGCUGGUCCCCAGCAGCCAGUCACCCUCCAAAAACCUUCCUGAGCAGCCAGUGAACAUCAUCAGGCACAACCUUGCCCAGGGUUAUGAAGGUGGGUGUUGCUCUGAGCCAAGAGAAAACGCUCGGCGGAGCGGUGGAUGGGACGGAUUUGUGUUCGCGGUUUGA